ACCACUUGCUAGCACCGCUCAGUUUAGGCGUCCGCCACAAGAUCAGACAUCCUUACUGAAUGAACGCCAGUUCAAUCAGGUAACUCCCUUCGGGCGGUUGAUCAAAUUUCUCCUUUUUUUCCAUGUUUGAUUUGAGUUUUGUUUGGAGCUUACUGAAUUCUGGAUUUUUAGAAAGCCAAAGGUUGAAAUUUUACAACUGCUUAUAUUUUUGGCGAAAAUACCUAAGAGAAUAAAAAUGUUGUUUACAUGAUAAAUCUCCCAAUCAAUACUCUAUUUUGUUUCUGUUUGAUCUAUGCUUGUCAUUAUGUGAUUGAUACAGGUGGUUUUGAUUCAAGUUGGCGAAAACAAUACGUUUGGUUCUUCUCUUGGCAGAGUUUAGGGUUUGUUUCUUAUCCUCCCCAGCUUCAGCUUCAAUGGAGAAAUUAGACCUCCCAAGAAGAGGUGAACGCAAAGUUCCACCAUUGCCAAUGGUAGCACCUUGGCUUGUUUUCCCACAUGAUAAGUAUUGUCUCCAAGGUUGUAUUUUGACUUCACCUCCUCAUCUCAACACCACCAUCAGCAACAGUAGCAGCAGCAGCAAUAAUAGUAGUGAUGGUGAUAAUUAUGAUAAAGAUUACAUGGUUUAUCUACUUUUUGAUGGAGGUCACAAUAAUGUUGAUUUUACUUAUGUUCUUCUAUUUUGUCACCCUGGUGAAAAAGAAUGGAGAAGGCAUGAGCUUAUUGUUUCUGAAGAACCUCAAAGGAUGUUGUAUCUCAAAAAUAAGUUACUUGUUAUGUGCAGUAAAUAUGUCUACUUUCGGAUAGACGUACAAGAUGGGUCUGAUAUCGAUGAUGACGAAACCCUUGCAGUAGGGGCUAGAAGAUCUAUAUGCCCAUGGAACAUUAUGACUCACCGUAAACCUGGACCAGCAGGUGGAGGUCUUGUUCGAACUUUGGAAGAAUAUUUUGUGGAAUCUUUUGGCGAAGUCUUCAAAAUUGAGAUAUGGAGCAUUCCUAGAGGUAUUUAUACAAACUGUGUACCUCGAAUUCAAAUAUGGAAAUGGAAAUUCGGUUCCUCUUCCAUGACUUGGGUGGAUGUGAAAAGUUUGGAUGACCAUGUAUUCUGCAUAAACGAUCGUACACAACUGUCUUGCUUAGCCUCAGACUUGGGAUUUUCAAAAGGUUGUAUGUAUUAUACGCAAGAGGAAGAAAUGAGCUUAUACAAAUAUGACCUGGAAGAUUGAAGUAUUUUUCUUUCUUUACCAUGUCCUGAUCUACCGACGCCAUGGUUCCAACCUGAAUGGAUGAUGAUUACUGCGCUUUCAAGGAUCGAUGAUAAAAGAAAAACCACAGACUGUAUUUCAGGAAUGAUCAAUGAUAAAGUUAUAAAAGUAACUGAAAACAUAGCUAGUGUAGCUUGGGAUACCGAGGAAGAUGAUAUUGAAGAAUCAAGACCAGGGAUUCUUGCUAGCGAUGAUUUUGUAUGGUCGGUGUCUAACCAUCUUCAUACAUUAGAUUACAUUCAUUUGCGUGCAGUGAGUAAAAGAUACCAUGCGAUAAUGAAUCUCAAAAGAUCCUCAUCUGCUGGAACUAUCCAGACCACAGAUUUCUCCCCAUGGCUGUUUACUCUAAUUAUGAUACAUCUGUCUUCAGUUUCGUAAACCCAUUGCAUAAUAAUGAGAAAUACCUCAUGAAUAUCCCUGAGAUGUUUAAAGGUUAUAAAAUUUGCUUUUCCAAAGGUGGGUGGUUACUCAUGUCAGACGGUCUGCGAUUUUUCUUCUACAAUCCUUUCACGAGAUCCAGUAUCGAGCUCCUAAUUCCUUUCAGUAGUUCCUCAGGUAUCUCAUUCUCAUCUUUGCCUACUUCUUCAGAUUGCAAUAUUUUUGUCUUCGAUAAGCCAUUGGGUAGGGAGGUGUCGAUCUCUUUCAUUAACCUGCGAGAAGAAGAUUGGUUAGGGAGUCACGGUUCCUUUGAUGGUAGCUAUUUAGCUUCCAAUAAAAAACUAGUAGAAUUUGACACUAAUUUGAACAAUCCAACUUUCUACAAUGGAGCAUUCUAUUGCUUAGACCGGAAUGGAAUUUUAGGAGUAUCUAAACAAGAGAAUGGUAUUAUUAGCUGGGAAGUUUUAGCCAUGGUACCCCGUCCAAAUUGUGAGUUUAUCUAUGAGAGUUACUUGGUGGAAUGCGAAGGAAAACUUUUGUGUGUGCUAUUAGGCCAUUUGGGGAAAUGGGUUCGUAUUUUCAGAUUGAACAACACUCGAAUGGUUUGGGCUGAAGUCGAAAAUCUGGGGCAGCAUAUGUUGUGUAUUAGCAAUACAUCUUGUAUCUCUGCAGUUGCUCCGACUAGUAAAAUGGAGAACAAAAUCUACUUUUCAAGGUUGCAUGAAGAAGGGAUUCUGUUGUAUUCUCUUGACACGGGUAUGUAUCACUGUCUAGGAAGUAGACAUUCUUCCAAAGAUUAUCGCGAUACAAAGGAGGUGCUAUGGUGCAGUUGGAUUGAACCUAACUGGUCAGAGAGUUCAGAUCAAUUUCCUGACUGGCUUAGAAUUUAGAUGCAUUAUAAAAUUUUGUGGUAUGGCUAAUAGUACCAACAGUUUAAUACACAAUCAAGGACUCUGGUUCGAACCUUUGUGAAACCAAAAUUGUUUUGCUCAUUAUUUAGACUCCCAUGGAAAUGUAAAUCUUUUGUUGAUAACAAUGAUAAGUUAGAAAUGAUGAAAUCAUUGUGUAGGAAUGAAAAAG